AUGGCGUCGGCGACGCAAUUUUUUGAAUUGCCGGAUGGCUCGGGGUGUCGUCUAGCGUACCGUACGUUUACUCCAUCGUCGGCGAGCGCACGUUCGCGGACGCCGCUGUUCCUGAUCAAUGGUCUGUCCGCUGUGAUGACGGACUGGACGCCACUGUUCGAGGCGCUUGGGAGUGAACGACCGGUGGUGAUUUCGGACCACCGUGCCAUAGGCGAGUCUACAGUAACGUCCGAGUGGGACCAAACGCUUUCUCUGGAAUCAAUGGGCUUGGAUGUGGUGCAUCUCGCAUCGCAUCUCGGUUACACGACGAUUGAUCUACUCGGCUUUUCGAUGGGUGGGCACAUCACGCAGGCGCUGCUGUCGUCGGCGCAACUCGCGCGCGUCUCGCCGGACGGGCUGGUCGUUAUCGACGGCGUCAAGGUGCGAAAGGCAGUUCUUUGCGCUACAAUGACCAAGCUGCCGCGUGGUGAUGUGAACCUGGCCGAACUCAACCAACAGGCUGAAAAGAUCAAGGAUAAGACCGAAAGGAACUUGUACAUUACGCAAAACAUGAUGCGCGUUCAGUACGAUGAGGAUACGCUCUCGCGUUCGAGUGGGAUGCAGGCAAAGUUUCGAGCGAGACUCGAGUCGGUCAGAAGCACGAAUCGGCCCGCGUGGGUUAUUGGCCUGCAGUUCAUGGCGAUCCAGUCGGCGGAUCUGAGGAAACAGCUGCAUCGCAUUCCGCGCACCGUCGACGUGCUCGUGAUCCACGGCAAACGCGAUCGCAUGGUGCUCUGGAACGAAAGCCAGUACAUCCUCGACGCCAUCAAACACGCCACAAGGCUCCACACUCCCACCGACGAAUUCGGCCAUUUCUGGUACGACUACUUUGACAUGCACUUCUGGGUCAACAGCAUCAACAACUUCCUCGAUCCCCCCGCGAGCGCCAAGCUGUAA